UAAAUGGUGAAUGAAAGAGUGCAUUCACAUUUUAUCAUACGGCAGACAUUACCGAAACGGCAUUUCUGACUUGUAACUAACUGUUGGCAAAUCAGAUCUUUACAGUCGUCAAAUACACAGUACUGUAUUGUGUACCUGGUUGGUGCUGCUGCAGAGGUGAAUGAAAGUAGUUCAGACCAUAGACAUAUGUCUAUGGUUUAGACUACAUGGUUGCAUUUGUACACAAGCGAAAUAAGCACGAGUCUUUGUGUUUAACAAGAUUUGUGUAGGGACAAACCAUAGCACAAGGAUAGUAGCAUGGACUGAUGGUCAGUUUUAUUUUGAAGGCUGAAGCCGAACCGGUAGUCAGCGCUCAUUGUUCUCGUCACUGGGAAAACGUUUCAGUCGUCGCGGCAGGCAGACUAGUUGUUUAGCUUGCUAGUAGUUAGUGGUACUUGUUGCCAGUUAACUCGGACUGGAACUUUACUUUGUGAAGACCUUGAUGUAUUAAUGACACAGCAACUGCAAGUUUAGGACCUUGGUCUGAGUGUCAAGAUAUUUUAUUAAGUCGGGCUAACUAUGAUCUUACAAACUCAAGCUAACAUUCCUGAAGGUAUGAGGAGUGGACAAGUGUGUUUAUGUGGAGACUGAAAUUUUUAAAAAGACUUCUCAAGCACAAGUUAACGAUAACGAUAGUUUACUUACGUUAUUGGCCCUUAAACGUUGGUCAACACAGCCUACUCACUUCUAGCUAGCUCCAAUGGUUGCCAGGUUAAACAGGAGUUGUGUAGACUAAAGAAUUUACAUUAAUGUUUUCAUUAAGGGAAUAGUAAUAUCCGGGGGAGUCACCCCUUUUUUUCCCAUUUAAACACAUCCACGGAUGUAUCUGUGCUCUGUAGACGUCCAGACCUGAUAUCUUGAGAAGUAUUACAACGUCACACCUGAACUGGCAGUGUAUGCGUGCCUUUACAGUAAGCUCACAGAUCUGCCUGACCAGAGGAGCUGAGAACUGUGACUGAGGGUUUCAAUUCAGCUUCAACAAGUGCAUUGUGAAAGUAUGACAGCUGUUGUGGGAAGAGCAUGGGGGUGGGUGCGUUCAUGGAGCAGCUGUGUAUCAGAAAAAAACACAGUGGUGAUUGCCAAGGACCAGAAGCAUGAUGGUGGCAGUCAGGUUCUCAGGAGAUGGACUUCUUGGAUCUGGGGACUGUGGAAACAUCAAAGUGACCAAAGUAGUUUAGUAGAGGAGUAUUGGGAGGCUCAAGAGAAGCUUCAGCCCAUGGAAAUUGAAGAUCUUGGUGCAGGGAAACAGGAGACAGAGGCAAAUUUAGAGCAGUUUUCUAAAUGGUGGAAAUACAUCCCAACUUUUUAUCUUCUGUGGCCAAGAAAAACAGAGCAAAGGCGAAGGAAAUGUGAUGUUGGGAGUGGAGUUGUUUGGGACCAUGACAUUGAUGAGGACUUUUCUGACUAUGAUACACCUCCUCCAUCUCCUACACCUCCAUCUUCUAAGUUGACAUCUCCUUUUCGACUCUUUGCGCACAGCUGGAAGAUGGAAAUCCUGCCAGAGCACCAUGAAAUCUGUUUCAACUUUCUACGCCACUUGUUUGACCUGUUUGUUGUUGGCUUCCUGUGGACUGUGUCCCCCCCUGCCAAGGUGCUCCUGGAGUUGUUGGGGGUCCAAGGAGCACUGAGGCUGUGGUUUCAUGGUAUGGCAAUGUUUUUUGUCUCCACAGUUGGAAUGGCAGGCUUACUCUGGUUGAUCCAGGAGUAUCUCCCUCAGUUUGCUUUGAUCUAUGGCAUCAUACAGGCAUUAGUAAUCUCUGUCAGUGUUCGACAGAGUGUGAUUCUCAGCGUGGAGGAAGGAAAAGAAGAAAAGAAUGAGGAGAGCAAGGAGACUGAUGUAAUGAAAGACCCUGUGGAUCACAAAGAACAGCUUAUGUCUGUUAAAAACAAGAUGAAGAUAAGUUUAACCUGAGCAGCCCCAGCAUUGUCAAAAGGAAAUUGGACCCAAUUAAUAAACAUAAAUCAAAGUGACAAGUGAGCUUACUGUCAUAGCCUAUAAAUGCAACAAAUAGAAAGUUUUAGUGUGUUCUCUCUGUUGUAGGAUGAUGAUUUACCCAAGAAUGUCAUGUUUUCAGUCCAGUUUCUUUGUGAACAGCAUUAUAGGAAAACUACCAAUUUUUUUAAACUUCUUUUAGCGUUUAGCAUAAUAAUAAUAGUUUUGAUAUAAUCCCCAUAAAUUUAAAUAUAAACAGGUAGAAACACAAAUAAUUUUUCAGUUUUACAGAAUGAGUAUUGGAUUCAUCUGUGGGUUUGCCAGUCCUCUUCAGCUUACAAAGGCAAUGGCGGUCGAGCCCACACCUCUGCACAACACUGCAAGAAAGUUGCUUAGAGGGGCGUGGAAUCAUGAGUGACAGCAUAACAGAGAAGGCUGAGGACCUUCCUCUAUCACAUUGCCUUCAGGGAACAUAGGCACUGUGAGAAGUAUGACUCCACACUUUAAAUACACCAUAUCCACAUUAUGGACAGUGGGGGAAAAGAACUCACACCAUUGUAAAGUUGUGUUUAUCAAGCCAUUUUAAACCAAACAAACAACCAUUUACAGAGUAAGAGCAAUAAACUAUGCCAGAUUGCACAGCUCAACAGCCACACUAUAAUGUUUGACUUCUUCCAUCCCUGAAAGUCUCGCAAUAACAUAAACUAACCGAUCAAGGCAGGGAUGAGCCCACCUCUGCGUUAGGAUACUGUUUACUCAAUUUCUGUUGCAUAACAUAACUACCACCCUUGUGUGAGUGUGAAUAAGUAACUUUUCACACUCAAAAAGUUAUUUUCUGUUUUGACCCUGUCAAAGUAAAGGUCAUCAGAAAUGUUGCUGCUUGUUCUUUGAGAUGUACUGUUUUCACAUUCAAUUUGUUUUGUGUGAAACACAUUUCAGUAAAACAAAAAAGACAUUAAACUAAAAAAAUACAAAGACAUUAAACUACAGUAUUUUGAAAACAAGAAACUGUAGCAUUUUCUUAUCUUCACAUUGACAAGACAGAACACUGAAUAUUUCUUCAAGAAAUGUACUCUUCAGAGAGUUAAAAUUAUGAAAACUAAAAUGGUUUGAAAGAUAGUGAUCUUCCUUGGUGUAGUCUUCUGUACUCUAAUUGAGUGUCAAUGCGUUCAUAUUUUACCUGUUGUGCUUGAACUUCAGGGGUGCAGCAGCAACUUAGAGGAACUACCAUCAUUGUCAGUCAGCUGGGUUUUUCAAUUUAGCUUUUUAUUGAGAGUUGUGUCUUUUUCACAGAUGGUGAGAAGUUGCUGUCUAUUCAACCAGCACCAACAUCCACUUUCAACCAAACCUCCUCCUAGUGUUUAUCAUCACAAAGGUGGGACUGUUGCACUGCACCACUCGCUUCUGCAGUGUGACUUAAGGGUUGUAUUGCACACUCAUUACAAACUCCUAGAAUUUGUACUUAUGUCACUUUGUAUUCAACACUAUUGAUCAGCAUUUUAUAUAGGUCUGUCCUCACUUGAUCUGAAUGUUCUACUACUAUUGUCAGUGGGAUCAGAAAUGAUGUCUGUCAGGUCAAAAAAUAGAGAUACCAGUAUGCAGACUCUUUUGCAUUUGAUCUUGUUUCCAAUUUAUUUGUUGUCCUGUGGGACUGGUUUUCUCAGGAUCUACUGUGAGUCUCACUGGUGAAUUCUUAGUGAGAAGAAAUUAACAAAUAUGAACCCUGAAUAGCCACAUACAGCCUGGAUUAGCUGAAAUUAUACGUAUGAUCAUCAAGAGGAAAGAAAUUGAAACAGCUACAUCAACAAAAAAAAACAGUAACUGCAUGGCUCAGAGACAGUACUGUUUGGUACUGAGAUAAGAACAAAACACUCAGACAGGAGCACUAGUGUGCUAGAGCACAAGUAUUCAGCAAAGGCACACAAGACACAAACUUUAGCAUAGGGACACCAUGAUCUAUUUAAUUAUAUUCAUCAUCCACAAUCUCUGUUGCAAUCUCUUCUCUUGGACUUUAAAUGCGCUGUGGACCAUAGCUUGACUUGGAAUAGCCUAUGAAUUUCUUUAUUUGCACCAAUUAAAGAGUAUUGUAAACAUUCUUUUUCCAACAUGCUACUAGCUGUAACUCUUGUUGCAUUAUUUACGAUAUAUCAUCCAAAUGCCACAUCAAGUAAAUUAUCACUAUUGGUUUACACAAAUUUACUAGUCAAUGAUGUUAUGUCAAGUUUGGAAACUGAACUAAGAGGACAUUAACUACUGUAGUCUCUAUUAUUUACCUGAAAAGUAAACCAUCACAUUGCCUGCCCUUACUUAAGAACUGCAAAAUAUUGCAGGGCCCCUGCAGUCAAGUGGAUAAGAAUUGCUUUGUGAGGGAAGAAUUAUAAGGCCAUGAGUAACCUGUUCCCACAUUGACUAAGACAGUUUUAGAGCAGAUACUGGUGAUUUCAGGUUCAAACUACCAGCGUUCACUCUCUGUGGGAAAAGUAAAGUACACAUCAAGUGAAUUUGCAGUAGUAAGGUUUUAUCCACCUGUUGAGUGAUAUUUUAAUCAGAGGGUGUAGCGUCUGUUCUAAAACUUGAAUUUAAGUUUGUCUUUUGUCACUAUCUUUGUCAUAUAAGGUAUGGUCACAUUAUUAAUUUAAACUUUAAUUAACCUGAAGCUUACACAACAGAUGAAUUCAGGUAUGUGUAUCCCGUUUUAGUGUGAUUAACUCACUAAGUCUCUAAAGUUGUCCACCAUCACCCUUUGCUCAACUUUGACCUACAGAUUCUCACAGCUGACUGCUAGAAACUCUGACACUAUGUUUUGAAAGAAGUUAUUCUAGCACUGUCAUUGCCUACUUUUGUGCAAUAUUACAUAUGUGGCCUACAAAAUGCAGUAUCACUGUUUAUAAUCUGAUCACAUUGCUUUAUACCCUUGGUUUUUAGAUCACAACUUUAACAUUGCAUUCCUUUCCAAGUCCAAAGUAAUUUUGAUUUUUGUUGAACAGAACACUCAUUGGUGUACCUUUACUAGAGCAAAAUUCCAGAUUUGGUCAAGGGAGAGAAAUCCUGGUAGGAGAGGCUGGCAAACAAUAACCACUGCUGCUGACACCUGUAAAUUACACACUGUAUGAUGUAAAAUGUCAAAAGAUAUCUGUAACUCAGUGUUGACAUAAAAUUGUUAUUCUCCAAAAUAAAAUGUGUAUUUAGAGAUCUAAGUCUAAUUAAACUGGAUUCAGUAGUUGAUCAAUUGUUUUUUCCUUUGAUCGAAUAAGCAUAGAAGUUUAUCACUCAGCUGUGAUGGUUGAUACUUGUUUACAGCUACAAAUCAUCAAAGGUUAAUUAUUUUUACUACAAAUCUGUUUUGUAUUUGCCACUUGUAACAGGAACUUUGUUAUAGUAAGUGUCUGUGUAGACAUUAUAAACAUUUUGUACACAAUUGUUUUUGCCUUGUGUCCUUUUCUCUGCCAUGAUAUUGCUUGUUUGAAACUACUUAUGGGAAUGCAGGCUGUGUAUUGCAACUCUGUGCUUUUAUGGAUUACUUUGCAUUAACAACACUCACCUGUAUCACACCUUUAAAAUGCAAUAUUGUAUAUGAUGUAUUACAUUAAAAUGAGAAGAAACAAACAACAAAUCUGGAGUACCACAUACUGUUCCUUACACCUCUAAGACUAAAACUGCCAUAAUGACAAGAAACUGAAUGUAAAAUGCUCUUCUCAUUCUCAUUUUCAAAUUUGCUGAAAGAAACCUGAAUGAAAACAAAAUUGUAAACUUUAUUAUUGUUUUGUUGAUCAAGUUUUUGUUUUUGUUUUUUAACUUCAAAAUAUUCCGAAGUUUUAGCCUUUUUAGCCUCUCCAUUGUGAGUUUCUGCUUGUUUUCUUUGUUUUAUGUGAUAGUUGUAAUAUUUUGGGGUUUUGAAUCACUAGUAUAGGAAAACAGUUUGAAUGUGAAAAUUACUUCUUGGGGUUUAGGAAACUGAUGGGUUUUCUGUAUCAGACCAAACAGUGAGGAAAAUAAUUGGCAGAUUAAGCAGUGAUGAAAAUAAUCAUAAACAUUAUUAACAUGUAAUAUUUUUUUUUCAGUGAUAGUUUUUCACUUUGACAAAUUUCCUGAAAGAGGCUUGUGAACAUUCUGCUGUGAUGUCAUAACAAGCUUUAAAAAAGGGGGGGGGGGUGUUUGUGUGUGUUUUAAAGAGCAAUGUUAUUAUAGUCAUCUAACAGUUAUACUGAAAAGUAUUUAUCAAUUGUAUGUAUUUUCAAACGCUAAAAAAAUGACAUUUUAAUUUUAUUCCAAGGAGUGUUACAGAGAGAAUGUCUGUCUGGGCUUUUUUUAAUAAUAUGCCAAAUUUCUAUCAGCAAUUUCAGUCCCAAGAAGGUGAAAAAGUGUCUACCAUUCCUGUUAGCCUUUUAUGCCUUUAUGCCUUUUAUUCAUUGUUUCCUUUUUAUCGUAGUGAUAAUAUUGAUAAUCCCUAGUAAGGAAAUCGGUUUUUAUAUGACCAUCCAACACUCCUAACACAGUAACAAGUACAGGAUCACUAUUCCUUAAAUAAGGAGAAUGAAACUUUAAUUUGGAAGGAGUAGUAAAAGAAAUUAUCUUCUGUUAUCUGUAAGUGUACAUCUCAUUUACAGCCCUUUGAACAUUACACCACACUAAAGUUUUAAAAUGCUCCCACUAGCUAAAUAAAACUGUUAUUCUUC